ACUUCCGGCGUGGCGGGAGCAUGGCGGGCCCCGGCGGGAGCAUGGCGGGGCCGGCGGUGUCCCGGGAGCUGCUGCGUGUGGGGCACCGUGCAGGGCUGGAAGACAUUUUGUUGGUUAAUUCAAAAUGCAGCAGCAAGAAGGCCACGACUUUCCAGACGGUUCGGAUGCCCAGGAGCAGUGUUUUGGACCGAGUACAGAGCUUUUUACCACAGAUGGCCCAGGCAAAUGAUGAGCUCAAAAGAAAAAUGGUAACAGCACCAGCUCAUCAGUUUGACAUUGAACAUCUAAACAGUGAAACAGAAAAAGUUAUAGAAAUGAAUGUGGCUGUAGUUGAACUGAGUGUUUCUGAUACAGAUGAAGAGUUACUGACUUCAGAAGACGACUCAGAAUCUGAUGAUGACUCUGCAACUGAUGAAGUGACAAUAGACAACAUUAAGUUUCCUAAACAAAAGGGAGAAAAGGGCAAAAUAGAAAUUUUGGACAGCAAAGCAAAUGAGUAAAUCUGUUUUAUUUUACUUUAAAAAACCCCAAACCAAUCAUGUUUUCUCGCUUUGAAGAGCUGGCCCUUAAACCACCUUGUUUCCCAGUGUAGCAUCUCUCAGGGUCCUGUGAAAUGCUAUGGUUUACUUGGUGGAGAAUUCAGGAUUCACUCAUGACUGCAGGAGGCUGGAUUUUCAAAGAAUUAAGUGAGGUUUGCUUCUUCAACUAACAGGGAAAUGGACUUCAUAGUAGAUUCUACUAAGAAAAGCUAGAGUAAGGGGCACCUGAAAGUUAAAAUUCUUGCUCUGUUCCUUUGUUGAUGAAAGACUUUUUUUUUACAGGAAGAUAGAAGUUUUUGCUUCAAGGGCAAGAAAGAAUUAAGUMGGAAAAAAAUGUGGUUUUCUAUUCCAUGUCAUUUGAAGUGUUAUGUACACUGUCUCCAAUAUUAAACAUGAAGUACCUCAGAGGUAUUGUCUUCAUUGCAUUCCUGACAGUGAGUGCUGAGCACCAGAGCAGUGGCUGARUUCAUUUCUGGCUGAGUAAAGAGAGCCAUGACUGAUGAGGGAGUUCAGCAAAGGAUCAUUUCCCCUGUGUGCCUGCACUGAGCUCCACAGCAGCUUGGGAAGGUUACAGGUUCACAUGGGAAACCUUUGUGGCUGUAGUGCAAACACCCUCCAUGCUCAAAUGA